AUGCUUUGGUGGAAGAAGAGGACGGCUGCGCACUCUGAAUUUUCUGGCAUGGAUCUGUAUGAGGAUUACAAAUCACCCUUCGAUUUCAAUGCUGGAGUGAACAGAAACUAUCUUUACCUGUCACCUGGCAUAAACCUUUCUCCACCCGGAUCACCUACGCUGGCGAAGUCUGGGCUGCUGAGAAGUGACUCUAUACCUGAGGUUGGAGAGGAUGCUGCUGCUACAGUUGGUAUGGCAGAAACACUCUCGGAAGAAGAACAGGAUGAGCUAAGAAAAGAGCUUGCGAAGGUGGAGGAGGAAAUCCAGACGCUCUCACAAGUGCUAGCUGCCAAAGAGAAGCAUCUAGCAGAAAUCAAGAGAAAGCUGGGAAUUAACUCAUUACAGGAACUAAGGCAGAACAUUACCAAAGGCUGGCAAGAUGUUACAUCAACCACAGCGUACAAGAAAACAUCAGAAACCCUGUCUCAGGCUGGACAGAAGGCUUCUGCUGCUUUUUCAUCUGUUGGUUCAGUCAUAACCAAGAAGUUUGAAGAUGUCAGAAAUUCUCCUACUUUCAAAUCCUUUGAGGAAAAAGUUGAAAACUUGAAGUCUAAAGUUGGAGGAAGCAAACCUGCCGGGGGAGACUUCGGAGAAGUUCUCAACUCUGCUGCCAAUGCCAGUGCCACAGAAACUAUUGCAGAACAGACACAGGAGGAGACCCACUGAGAUUCCUGCCUCUGUCCUGCUACCCACUGCCAGAUGCUGCAAGCAAAAACUAAGCACACUUGUAACGUUCUUUGCGCUCUUUCCACCAGAUGUGCUUUUAUUUAGUAUGUAGUUGUUUUACCAGAUUAACUGAUACCAAGCUUGUUCAUGGGUUCAAAAUAUUUUUGAAACUAAAAUACAUUGUUUGGGGUUUUGUGUGGGUUGGGGAAUUUUUAUGCCUUUCAAGCAUUUAAAGGACUUAUCUGUAAUUUGAAGGCAACCUUUAAAAUAUAGCAAUGAAAAAAAACUCUUUUGAGAAAUUAAUUAUACUGUACAUAUACUGUGGAUACAUAACUUCCUUUGAAUCUGUAACUACUGCUUAACUUAAUCAUUAUGAAUCUACCGCUGCUGCCAAACUGAAGCUUGUUACUUCACUCCCUUGUGAUUAUUUCGGUUAAGUGUUGCCUGCACGGGACAGACUAGGAGGAUCACUCCCAGCUAAAGAAAGGACUUCUGCUUCAACAGGCUUUAAACAAGUUAUUCAUAGCAGGAUUACACAUGGGUAGGAACGUACUGUCUUACGAGUGUGUUCCUCAUACAACAGAGGCAGACAGGGUAAUACAUGACACUGAAAACUUACUGAUUUUUGUGGAUUAUCCACCUAGGAAACUUCUGACCAUCGCAAAUGGAAGCAAAAUGCUUAGUAGUGCUGGUUUGGUUCAGUUACAGUGACAUUUUCAGUCUUGUGUUUUGUAGGUUAUGUUAAUGUGGUAAGAUACACUCUUCUGAACUUUUGAUCAGUCGUGAAUAGAUUCAUCUUAAUUCACACAUGGUGGCGUCACAUUUACACUAACAAAGCAUGGACUGUAAGAAUAAGCCUGAGCACGAAAGUGGUUCUUUUUUAGGCAUCAAGAGAAUUGCUGUCAAAUGCUAACCUUGUUUCCCUUGUAGGCUGACCAUCAAAGACAUCUGCUACACUGUCUUAUUUUUCUUAUGUGUUAAAGGCUUGUACCACUCGCAGCCCUAUUCCUGUUUAAGAUCCCAGAAGUCUAUUUCGAGAGGUGCACAGUGUCAUACCGCAGCAUAGCUCUUACAAGAUCUGUUCUCCUACGUCUUGCUUUAUCUGAUGUACUUUUCGAAUUUCUCGUAUUUUGUAUGUUGCUGGCACAUGGUGUCGUACGGUUAGAACUUUUGGCAAGUGUUUUAUCACUGUGCUUAGAACUCGAAACAAGUUUUGAAACAUUUGUGUGAAAUCCAUGAAACUUCAACCACCACAGAUGUUUGGAGGAAAAAAAAAGUUGGCUCCUGACAACCUUGUUAGCAUGUCCAAUGUAAUAUAUACGCUUA